AGCGCAGGCUGCCGAUCAGCACAUGUAGCAGAGAAGGUUCCGCCGUCUCGUAGUAGAAGAAAAUAUGCCUCGGUGCAUGCAGGCAGCGGAGGAAACCCCGCCGAGCUAAAGCUAGCAAAGUAGGAACAUGGAAGAUGAGGAGGUCGCCGAAAGCUGGGAAGAAGCUGCCGACAGUGGGGAAAUGGAGAGAAGAUUAGAGGAGAAGCUGCGGAUUAGCCAGAAAGAGAGACUUUCAGGUGGGAGUUCAGGUCGCUCUCCAAUGAAGACGGCUAUCAUGAUCCAGGACGACUCCCUUCCAGCCGCACCCCCUCCACAGAUCCGCAUUUUGAAACGACCCACCAGCAAUGGAACCUUAGGAUCUUCUGUAACGCGGAGCCGACCCUCACCACAAGUGAAGUCCUUAGCUCAGAGGGAGGCAGAAUACGCUGAAGCCAGGAAACGAAUCCUUGGCAGUGCUGAUGACACACCUCAGGAGAGACCCAGUUCAGACAGAUCACCACGUUCAGAAGACACAAGAUCAAACAACCAUGUGGUUCGGCAGCCAGCAGGUCCAGAUGGUACGCAAGGCUUUCGCCAGCGCAGAUAGGAAUAAAGGUCUAGGAGGAGAGGAGCUGUUGGUCUCCUAGCGUAAUGUUAAAAAUUGUUAUUUUUUAAUCAAUAUUUAGGAUAUGGGAUGUUUAUGAAAUAAGAAGAAAAUCCCUUCACACCCAUCAUGGCUCUUGAGUCAGCAUGGAAUGUAAAAGGGGAGGAAAUAACAUGGAAGAGCGAAUGGGGGGGAAAUCUUUAUUUUUUUAACCCCCAUUUUACACUGUGAUGAGGACUUCUUCUGGACAAUGCUCACUGUGAUCCCCUCCUUUCCCACCCAACAAACUGCAAAUCGGCCCCCAACCAUAACACCUAACUCAACUGUGACUGGCGACCCGUCUGCCAACGGACAGCUUUUGGCCAUUAAGUGACUUGGAGAUCAGCUGGUUGGAACAAAAAGUGUAGUGAGAUGAAUAAGGUUGUCAUGGAAAUAAUGUAAGAGAAUGGCACAAGGGCACCAGCUCUCAGCAAUAAUGUUUGGCAUAUUGCUCUUUAUGAUCUUUGUCAUCCCUUUCCAUGCUGUUCUUCCCAAGCUUUUGUAUUAGUCAUUUUGGUCUCUCUUUUUUUUGUUUUUAUUUCAGCUAUUUAUGGCCUAGUCUGCUGAAUGCCAUAAAUUUUUAAUUGGGAAGGGAACGGUAAGGGGUUCUGUAGAAACUUGAGAUGAGUCAAGUUUUGUUGUUUACGUUUGUUAUUUUUAUUUUUAUUUUUAAACUGCUGGGUCUUCCGCUGAGUGUCCUGAUUUCUACAUAAAG